CCCUGCCCCUCGCGAUAAUUCGCAUUGAGGCAGCAGCUGGGCGGAAAAGGCGGGAGGAGACUGCCGCUUCCGCGUACGCGCAGCACAGACACAACAGUACAGCAAAAUGGACGAUAAGUUAAUAUUGGCUGUAUUUAAUUACCCAGAGCUGUACAAUGUCACUUUACCAAAUUACCGCUGCACGGAAAGUCGGAUAAAUGCCUGGAGAAGCAUCAGUAACGCAAUGGGUCUCCCGUCUGAGGAGUGCAAAAGAAAAUGGAAGAACAUGAGGGACCGGUACUUGAAGGAAGUCCGAAUGGAGAUCAAAAGCAAGAAGCAAGGAGAUCUUGUACAGAGUAGAUGGAAAUAUAGACAACUUAUGAAUUUUAUCGCUCCCUUCACUGGAUCAAGAAGUGGAGGGGCAGACAUCUGUGGCAACAAUGACGAUGACGACAAUCCUGACAACGAAUCUGGCAGUGCAGAGGGAGAAACCGCAUCAUCUGAGGCAGUCAAGACAUCACAGUCCAUCAUGAAGGUCCCUGCUAGUCAACCUGACAUCAAGACCCAGGUAGUGUUUGGGACACAACUCCCUGCAAUAUCUCAAGACACACAGAUGGCCCAGUUGGCUGUUACGGCCAAGUCACCAUCAAGUACACAGAUCACCGCCAUCAGCAAAACUGGAAAGAAACGGCGCUUGAUGCAAGAGCAGCUUUCACCGCCUUCUUCUCAAAGUACACCUUCCUCUACAAAAUGGCUGGUCAAGGACAAUGGCACCUCAUUUCCCACCAGGCCACGGGAUGAGGAUGAACUGUUUCUCUUGAGCUUUGUCCCUGCUCUGAAGCGGCUUGCUCCACAGAAAAGGUGCGAGACAAAAAUAAAGAUACAGCAGAUUAUGUAUGAAGCAGAGUUCAAUGUUGCACAACCAGAAUCUAAAGAGAAAUCGACGGGGCCAGAAACGCCAGACUAGGCCAAAUUGACUUUUUUUGUACAUUAAACUGUUUUCUAACAGCUUCUACCACAAAAUGACCAAAUAUCUAUAUAUUUUUUUACAGCACAAAAUGGUUUGAAGUUUGAAGUGCAUCCCUUUUUCAUGUGAAAUAACAAGCAGUUUACAAGGCCAGUGGCGGUUCUACAUUGAAUUACUCCCCUCCCUCUUCCUCCUCUCAUACAGCUUCUGUGCACGGCACCUUCUCAUCAAGCAGGGGCGCCACAUAUGAUAGAUAAUAGAAAACCGCUUAGCGGCGCAGAUUAUUUUCUUUCCAAGUGCUUGUGCCGCCACCCAGGUGUCAUGAAAAAAUGCCGCCCCAGACAGCUGCCCGGUUCACCUAUGCCAAAAACCGCCACUCUACAAGGCCCACAACCACCUUUUGAAAACACAAGCUUAAAUGAUAUAAAGGCGAACACUGACCAUUUCUUUCCCUCUUACAGAAACGAAAAUUAACACAGUCCAGAUAUGGUGUCAAAGGUUUGACCAUUCAACAGCUCUCAGUAUCUAAAGUCGUUUAAUUAUUAAACUACUUUGAUUUGACUUUGAAAAAUAGAUUUUCAUAGGAAAACAGGCAGAUAAUGACUGACAUUUAUUUACAGAGCUUAACAGUUACCAGAGUAAAUUCACCUUUAGAGAAGUGGUUUCAAUUUAAACCAACCUCUGUUUCUCACUCUGUAAUAAAACAGUAUUUUACAUUUAAUUACAGUGGCAUAUGUUCAGUAAAUUGAGCAAAAUAAAAGAUGUUACAAUUUGGAGAGGAACACUGUUUCAUGAAUUUUUUAACUGCUUACAUGCAUCAAUACAAUUCUUUUAAAUCUCAUAUAAAAAAAGUGGCAAUUUAGAUUUUGUUUUGAUUUCACAGAGCAGGCAGAUACUCAGAGGUAAAGAAAAGAAGCAUAAAUUCUGAGUGAAGGAAAUAUGAGGAGUGUGCUACUCUGAAGCACACUACAUAACUGUGUUAAUGAGUUUAAAUGUCAGACAACCAAGGUUGUGAGAUUCACCUUAAAUGCUGUCUUUCACAGAUUUUCAUUCAUAUCUCUCAAAAAAAUAAUCGAGGAACCAAAAAAAAAAAAA